GAAGAAGUGCAAAGGCUUUCCUGUCCGUAAGGUUGGAGUAUGCAGCGCCUUAGUUCCCGCAUGGCCACACUCUCCCCAAUCCCUAUACACCCUUUCCACUUUUCUCUUCAAUCAUUCUUCGUUUUCUCUCUCUUCUUCUUCAAUCUCCUUCGAUUUCCGCUACUCCCAUUCUUCCACCGACCAUGGACGAACGAAUCGAAGACGACGACAAGGACAACGAAAAUUUAGCGGGCGGAGGCUCCCUUCCGCCACAUCGCAAGGCCCAUUCCUACAGCCAGCAGCUUCCAGGACCUUCGGAACGCAAGCGACACAAUCAAGUCCGCAAGCACAGUUUGGAUGACAAUCGCAUUUCCAACAACAUUAGCUCUUUCUAUGAACAAUCUGAUUCCGAUGAUGAAUUCUUCACGCGCUCCUCCUCUGCCACCGAUGAAUACCUCGAGGGUCCCGGUGGACCUGAAGAUCAGGCUCAGCCUUUGCAGGAGUUUAUAGGCAGCGGCGGCGGGAUGGGGAUCUUCAAGGCUCCUACUAGAUCCGCCGUUCAUCCAGGGCGGCCUCCGUGUCUUGAAUUAAGGCCGCAUCCGUUGAGGGAGACUCAACUCGGUAAGUUCCUGAGAACGAUUGCUUGUACGGAAGAGCAGUUGUGGGCUGGGCAGGAGUGUGGGGUGAGGGUGUGGGAGUUCAAGAAUGCAUAUGAAGCAGGUUGUGGUCUUGGUGGAAAGGUGAGAAGAGGGGAUGAGGAUGCUUCGCCAUUUUAUGAAUCAGCAGAGAUAUCACCUACCAUGUCUUUGGCGGUUGAUAACGGCACUAGGUUGGUUUGGAGUGGCCAUAAGGAUGGAAAAAUUAGGUCUUGGAAGAUGGAUCAAACUUUUUCUACGCCCUUUAAGGAAGGUCUUUCUUGGCAGGCACAUAGAGGACCAGUGCAUUCCAUGGUCAUAAGUUCCUAUGGUGAUCUCUGGUCGGGUUCCGAAGGGGGUGUGAUUAAAAUCUGGCCAUGGGAAUCCAUGGAGAAAUCUCUUUCUCUGUCUCCAGAGGAAAGGCAUAUGGCGGCGUUACUUGUAGAGCGGUCUUUCAUUGACCUUAGAAGUCAAGUCACAGUUAAUGGUGUUUGCAGCAUAUCUUCUCAAGAGGUUAAGUGUUUGUUGUCUGAUCAUGUUAAAGGUAGAGUCUGGUGUGCUGGGCCUCUUUCUUUUUCACUAUGGGAUGCCCGUACCAAGGAACUCCUAAAAGUAUUUAACGUGGAUGGCCAGGCGGAAAAUCGAGUUGACAUGUCAUCAAUGCAGCAAGAUCAAGGAGUAGAAGAUGAACCCAAGGCAAAGUCUAAUUCCUCCAACAAAAAGGAUAAAUCUCAGGGUCCUAGUUUUCUUCAACGAUCGCGUAAUGCUAUAAUGGGAGCUGCAGAUGCUGUCCGUAGAGUUGCAAGCAAAGGAGCUGGGGCAUUUGUUGAUGAUUCUAGAAGAACAGAAGCUCUUGUGCAGACAAGCGAUGGAAUGAUUUGGAGUGGAUCUACAAAUGGCAUGCUUGUACAAUGGGAUGGGACCGGGAACCGUGUGCAAGAUUGUAAUCGCCAUCCUUGUGCUGUCCAGUGCAUCUGCACUUUUGGAACACGGAUGUAUGUAGGUUAUAUGAGUGGUAUUAUCCAAGUUUUGGACCUUGAAGGCAAUUUAAUUGCAGGAUGGGUCGCUCAUAAUGGUCCUGUGAUUAGAUUAGCUGUUGGCAAUGGUUAUGUUUUUAGCUUGGCAAGUCAUGGAGGCAUACGGGGAUGGAAUAUCGCAUCUCCAGGUCCUAUUGACAACAUAAUAAGGACAGAGUUAGCUGCAAGAGAAGUUAGUUACACGAGACGGCACAAUGUUAGAAUUUUGAUUGGCACAUGGAAUGUCGGUCAAGGUAGAACAUCCCAGGAGGCACUUUUGUCAUGGUUGGGUUCCGUCGUAUCAGAUGUAGGCAUAGUUGUAGUUGGUUUGCAAGAAGUGGAGAUGGGUGCAGGUUUCCUUGCAAUGUCGGCAGCAAAAGAAACUGUAGGGCUCGAAGGAAGCGCAAUGGGGCAAUGGUGGCUGGAUACAAUAGGAAAGGCCUUAGGAGAAGGAAAAGCUUUUGAGCGUAUGGGUUCUAGGCAGCUUGCCGGUUUGCUUGUUUCUCUUUGGGUCAGAAAGAAUCUUAGAACACAUGUUGGUGACAUUGAUGCUGGAGCAGUCCCAUGUGGAUUUGGACGUGCAAUUGGCAAUAAGGGAGGAGUGGGUUUGAGAAUCAGAGUAUAUGAUCGAAUAAUGUGCUUUGUAAAUUGUCACUUGGCUGCACAUUUAGAAGCAGUUAAUCGGCGUAAUGCUGAUUUUGACCACAUUUAUCGAAAUAUGGUAUUCAGUCGAUCAUCCAACCUACUUAAUACUGCAGCUGGUAUGGUGCCAUACCUGUUCUUCUCUUCCUCUCUUGCCUUGUCAACAUAUUUAUUUUGGCUACUUUACACUUCUGGCUUGCCAUUGGUCCUCUCUAUUGCAGCUGGUGUCUCUACUGCUGUUCAUAUGCUGCGCGGUACAAAUGCUAUGGGUAUCACCAUUGAAGAAGCAAAACCUGAGCUAUCUGAUGCAGAUAUGGUGGUAUUUUUUGGUGAUUUCAACUACCGACUUUUCGGUAUAUCAUAUGAUGAAGCUAGGGAUUUUGUUUCUCAAAGAUGCUUUGAUUGGCUAAGAGAAAAGGAUCAGCUCAGGGCGGAGAUGAAAGCUGGUAAAGUUUUCCAGGGAAUGAGGGAGGGUAUUAUCAAAUUUCCUCCAACUUAUAAAUUUGAGAGGCAUCAGCCUGGUUUAGGAGGUUAUGAUUCGGGAGAGAAAAAACGAAUUCCUGCAUGGUGUGAUAGAAUUAUCUAUCGUGACACUCGAUCAAGUACACAAGCUGAAUGCAACUUAGACUGCCCUGUUGUGUCAUCAAUUUUACUGUAUGAUGCUGUAAUGGAUGUGACUGAUAGUGAUCACAAACCAGUUCGGUGUAAAAUCAAUGUGAGAAUUUCUCAUGCUGAUAGAUCUACAAGGAGAAAGGAAUUUGGAGAUAUUAUGACAUCAAAUGAGAAAGUUAGAUCUAUGCUUGAAGAAUUAUGUCAUGUUCCAGAAACCAUUAUCACUCCAGACAAAAUAACCCUUCAAAACCUGGAUACUUCAUCGUUGCUUAUAGUAAACAAAAGUACGAAGGAUAAUGUUGUGUAUAAGAUCAUUUGUGAGGGGCAGUCUGUUGUCAAGAAUGAGGGAGAGCCUCAUUUUGUUGCAAAAGGUGACUUUGGAUUUCCUAGAUGGCUUGAGGUUACUCCACCUGCUGGCAUAAUUAAACCUGAGCAGAGCGUAGAGGUUUCAGUACGGCAUGAAGAGUUGCAUUCGUCAGAAGAUUCUACAGAUGGUGGAUCAACGAAACGGAGGAGUGAAGAGAACCAAGACAAAGAAGUAAUCUUAGUUGUUCAUGUCCAAGGCAGUUGCUCCAUCCAAACAUACAGUCAGAAAGUCCACGUGCGUCAUUACUUCACGGCAAAGACACUUCGAACUGACUCAAAAUCCAACAAUGCUAGAAGAAAUUAUGCAUGCUAACUACAUAGAUUAGUUUCAGAAAUUAAGCAGUUCCACUUAUGUGGUUGAUGGCUUGUAAGAUGUGAAAAAAGAGGAAGAAAAAGGUCUAAGGGGAAGGAGGGAAAGGUCAAUGAUAGAGACUCACAGGAUAAGAGGCAUUGUUGAAUUUGUUAAACAUCUGAAAGCUCUCUAUGUUUUGAUUUGUAGUGUAUGUUUGGAUUAGAGUUUGUAAAAUUAAUUUUCAAUCAAUGUGAUCUUUGUAAACUUGAUUUUAUCAAACUUUUGAGUUUUGUAUAAUACUAUAAUAGGGAAUUAUAAGAAAUCACCCUUGAAAACCAAAGAUCCAUCUUUAGUCUUAG